AUGUCGACUCCAACUCUUGCCGAGAAGCUGGACAAGAUCCGCUCUCCCGGUCUUCAGAGCCAGAAGAGGACGGCGGUAGUCCUCGAAGCGGUCGACACAACGUUGAAGGAGCAGAACACCCAGCCCACGCCGACCGGCUACUUUGCCGCCCUUCUCGGCCUCCUCACCCAGGCUGUCGACAGCGGCAACGUCAGCUCCGACACAACCACGUCAGUCGUCUACCUCCUCGACAUCGUCACCCCGUUUGCGCCCCAGCCUAUUCUUCGCGCCAAGUUCACUCAGAUUCUCACCUCGCUCGCCCCCGUGCUCCUCCAGCAAGAUGCCGAAGCACUUGUCCUGCGAUCUUCCAUCGGAUGUCUCGAGUCCCUCCUCUUGGCACAAGACGCUGCUGCUUGGGAGCUCGGCGUGACCCAGGUCGGCCCUCGCAGAGCCGUUGCCGGUCUGCUGAACCUCUCCCUCGAGCAUCGCCCCAAGAUCCGGAAGAGGGCUCAAGAAGCGCUGCGAAAUGUCCUCAAGAACCCUCCCCCGAGUCCCUCGCUCGACCACCCGGCUGCCGACAUGUGCGCCCACACCGCUCUGGCCAACCUCGAGGAUAUCGCUGGCAAGGCUGCGCAAGCGAGGAAGCAGAAGGGAGACGAGUCGGCGCACGAUCCCGCCUUGAUCCAUGCCCUCCAGCUCAUCAAGACCAUUGCCUCUGCCAGUGGAGGCUGGCCUAGCAAGAAAAUCGAAUCUUUGUGCGAGCUGUUGCUCGCAAUUUCGAGAUCGGGCAACGAGUAUAUGACGGUGGCUAGUUUCGAAAUUUUUGAAAUGAUUUUUGAGGGUAUGGCCGAUGAGGUCGCCUCCGCCAAGCUCCCCCGACUUAUGGAGAUUAUUUCCGAGCUGCGGCCCGCCGCGAACGACACACAGCUGAUUCCUCCAUGGCUGGCGAUUCUGUCGAGAGGAUACGACGUUUCCGCACAAAUCGAGCCCGAGGAUGUUUUCCAGAAUCUGCCCGAGAUCUUCUCCAUGGUUGCCCAGUACCUGGAGUCGCCCGCCCACAACAUCCGAAUCUCCGCUUCCGAGUGUUUGGUUUCUUUCAUGGCGAACUGCAUUCCUAAGCAGGUCAUCCUUGAGCCGUCUGUCUACGACGAGAAGACACUGGACAAGAUCGCCAAGAUUGCCGAAUCUCUGCUUAGUGUCAAGUACCAACAGGCUUGGAUGGAGAGUUUCAACGUUUUUGGAGCCAUGUUCGACUCCUUGAGGUGGCGAGCGCAUCCGAUGAUGCUCAACAUCACCAAGGCCGUCGGAGAGCUCCGCGGUAGCAACUCGUUCCAGGGCAAGAAGGAGGCCGACGAAGUCAUCGGAAAGGCUAUUCGUGCUAUGGGACCCGAGGCCGUCCUGUCUAUCCUGCCUUUGAACCUUGCCAAGCCAGCCAAGGGUCAACAGGGUCGCGCUUGGAUGUUUCCCAUUCUGCGUGACUAUCUCAGCAACACCAACCUUGCUCACUUCCGUCAAGAGAUGGUGCCCCUUAGUGAGCUCAUGUUCCAACGGGUGUUGGAUCACGGCAAGGCAGAGAAGACCAUGGAGGUCAAGAUCUUCGAGACUCUUGUUCAGCAGAUUUGGGCAACUUUGCCUGGCUACUGCGAUCUCCCGCUUGAUGUGACUGAGGCUUUCGACCAGUCCUUCGCUGAGCUUCUCGCAAAUAUUCUGUACAAGCAAGUUGAGCUGCGUCUGGAGGUUUGCCGUGCUCUUAGGAUCCUCAUCGAGUCCAACCAGGCUAUUGCCUCUAUUGAAGAUGACGGCGAGGAGGACCUGGUGCUUCAAAGCCGUGUCUCCAGAGCCACUGCGAAGGAGAACCUCAAGCACUUAGGCAGCUUUGCUGGUAACAUGCUUGCUGUUCUGUUCAACGUUUACACUCAGACAUUGCCCCAAUCAAGAGGCCCCAUCCUCCUCACAAUUAAUGCUUUCCUUAGCGUCACCCCUGAAAACGAGCUUAUCGACACCUUCGACCGGGUCAGCAAGAUGCUUGCAGCGGAACUGCAGCAAACUGCUGGCCAGGAGAAGCCCAAGCAGCAACAAAAGCAGAACGCGAUGCCUCCAACAAGCAACACUCUGAUGGACCUGGUCAUCACGAUUUCCGUUUACCUGCCCCGAGAGAGCUACACGGCCCUAUUCGAGAUCGCCGCCAUCGUCAUCUUCAGGGAGAACGAGCCGCAGCUGCAAAAGAAGGCCUACAAGCUGGUUCCCCGUCUUGCCGAGUCCGAAACCGGGAAGUUGGCACUCGAGGCGCGCAUCGAAGAACUGCAGCAGAUGUUCCUUACGAGCGCUGACAAGGUGUCUGCCCCUGCUCGUAGAGAGCGUCUGGGCGCCUUGUCUGCCCUCCUCCCCUACAUUCCCGAUACCUCUCUUCACUUCAUCCCCUCCAUCCUCAGCGAGGUCGUCAUCUGCUGCAAGGAGAACAACGAGCGCGCACGAGAGGCCGCGUAUGAUCUCCUUGUCCAGAUAGGCCACCGCAUGGAAGCUGCGAACGGCGCUCCCAUUGAUAAUUCCAAGGUCCCUCACAUGCCUGCGGAUGCGCCUGCCGGUAAGGCCAACCUUGAGGAGUUCCUCACCAUGGUUAGCGCUGGUCUUGUCGGCAGUACUCCCCACAUGAUCUCAGCGUCCAUCACCGCCCUUAGCCGCGUGCUCUACGAGUUUAGAAGGUCCUUGAGCACGCAGAUUCUGGCCGACCUUGUUCAGACGAUGGAUAUCUUCCUGACCUCCAACAACCGCGAGAUUGUCAAGAGUGUCUUGGGCUUUGUCAAGAUCUGCGUUGUCAGUCUCCCCUCGGAACUCGUGAUCCCUCGCUUGUCUUCUCUUGUUCCCAACCUCAUCAUUUGGAGCCACGAGCACAAGGGUCACUUCAAGAGCAAGGUCAGGCACAUCCUGGAGCGCAUGAUACGCAAGUUCGGGUUCGAUCUCGUCAACAAGAACUGCCCUGAAAGCGACAGGAAGCUUAUGGUCAACAUCCGCAAGACCAAGGAGCGCAGCAAGAAGAAGAAGGAGGCAGCCAAGCAGGCCGGCGAGGACAGUGACGAGGAAGAUGGCCGCCAGGGACGCAGGUUCGACAACGAGCUGGACCAGGCUCUCUACAGCAGCGACUCGGACGGCUCCGACGAGUCCGACGACGAAGGCGCGCCCGCAGGCCUCAGGGGCAAGCGCGCUGGCAGGAAGGGCGGCAACACGUACAUCGUUGAAGACGAGGACGAGCCGUUGGACCUGCUCGACCGCAACGCUCUGGCCAACAUUUCAUCCACCAAGCCCGUCAAGAUGCGCAAGCCCACCAAGACCAAGGCCCGUACCGAUCUCGAUGGCAAGCUUGUCCUCGGCAAGGACGACGACGAGGCGAUGGAAGUCGACGGCGCCGAGAACGACGGCUCCGGCGUCAACGCUUACGUUGCCGCGCUCAAGGGCAAGGACGUCGCCAAGCGGGGUCUCCGCGGCAAACUCAAGUUCAGCAACAAGCGUGGACAGGACGAUGACGAGAUGGAGGACCUGAACGAUGGCGAUGCUGCUGCUGUCAAGGCCCAGGUCAACAAAACCCGAGGCGGUGGCAAGCCCUUCCGCGGCGGACGCGAUGGCGGCCGUGGUGGCGCUCGGGGGGGCAAGGGUGGUAUCGCCGCUGGCCGCAAGGGCCUCGGCGAGGACCGCAGACGGGGAGGGCCCACGUCGGGCGGAGGUGUCAACAAGGGCCGGAGAGGAGGUGGACGCAGAUAA